AUGUCUGAUACCGAUAAAAUCAAUAGAACGUUCAACAGUAUUAGAAUCAGUAACAACAGUGAUGAUGAGUAUGUAGAUGAUAUACAAGUAAAGAAAUAUAAAUAUCCUGCUAAAGAUGGACAGGAUCUAGAGUUUGAUAUUACACCUGAUGCUUGUCAGCGCUUUGGUUUCUUCUUUGGUCAGCUUGUUUCAACACCAAGUGGACCAGCAAAAGUUAUUGGUGUUAGAAAUGGACAUCUUUGGUUUCAUAUUGAAAAAGAUAUUGGUGCAACCUAUUGGGAUAACGGUAAAGAUAAUAAAUCGUUGAUUGAAGAUUUGAAAAUUAAAUUGGUUGAAAAUCAAUUUUUGGAAAUUGAAUGUAAAGUUAAAGCAAUACAAUAUAAUGAUAGAACAGUACAGAUCGUUUUGAAUGAAAAUAAACCACAAUCUAUGUUGGUGGCUAUUGCCAAUGUGUUGUUGUUGCUCGGAAAGAUCACAUUCGACACCGAAGAUAAGAAUAAAGUAAAGAUGAGCCAGAUCGGUGCACUCGUCUACAAAUACAUGGAAGGACAAUGCAAGUCCGACAAAGAAAAACAGAAUGCACUCAACAAGUAUCGUGAAGACGAACUCCAAUUGCUCAUCUACUCGGGCGUAAGCGAUGUCAACGUAAAAUUCUCUGCCAUCGAUCAAUUCGAAAUGAAAUCGAUCUACAACAUCUUUAAUUUCGUUAACAUCAAGCUAUAUCAUGGUUGGAUCUAUUCAGAGAAUGAAGAAGGAUAUGAUAUAAUUAUGGAACAAAAUCUUACACACCACGAUUUGGAAGCAAAGAUGAUAAGAUUUAUUGAAAUAUUCCCAACUAUGUCCAUUCAAUUUGAACGUACUGUUAAAGAUUUCUUGGCAGGUGAACAACUGACAUAUGAUGGUUACAGAUCACUAAAAGAGAAACUUGAAAAUAAUCAGCUAUGUGUCUUUUAUAGAAAUAAUCAAUUCCAAACUCUGAGAAAACAAGAUAAUGAACUUUACACUUUGGAGGUUGGUCAGAAUCAUUCAAACACCGCAUGGAAUAAAGUUGAAAUCAUUUAA